AUGGCAGACAAAUUGAGCGGUUUUGUGUGCUUGGUGGUACUCCUGGUGGCGCCCAGCGCGGUGGAAAUGCGCUCGUUCAGCAUCGACUACGACAACAACACCUUCCUGAUGGACGGCGUGCCGUUUCAGUACGUCGCCGGUUCGUUCCACUACUUCCGAGCGCUGCCCCAAAUGUGGCAACCGAUUUUGCGAUCAAUGCGGGCCGCUGGCUUAACUGCAGUUACGACGUAUGUCGAAUGGUCCCUCCACAAUCCAAAGGAAAAUGUGUACACCUGGGACGGCAUGGCCGACAUUGAGCACUUCAUUGAGCUGGCUGCACAGGAAGAUCUGUACGUCAUCCUACGUCCCGGGCCGUACAUUUGUGCCGAGCGCGAUAUGGGCGGUUUCCCGGCUUGGCUCUUACAUAAACAUCCUGGUAUGCAGCUUCGUACGAACGAUGUCGCGUACCUCCGGGAGGUUCGGUCAUGGUACGCUCAGCUUCUGUCCCGCCUAGAACGGUUCAUGUACGGACACGGAGGCCCGAUCUUGCUGGUCCAGGUCGAGAACGAGUACGGUUCGUACUUUGCCUGCGAUCACAAGUACUUAAACUGGUUACGUGACGAAACGGAGCGCUACGUGAAGGGUAAUGCCGUGCUGUUUACCAACAACGGUCCGGGCCUGGAGAGCUGUGGCGCUAUCGAGCAUGUGCUGAGUACGCUGGAUUUCGGUCCGGGUACAGAGGAUGAGAUUAGUGGCUUUUGGACUCAGCUUAGAAAAACCCAGCCGAAAGGACCACUCGUUAACGCGGAGUACUAUCCGGGUUGGUUGACCCACUGGCAGGAACCUCAUAUGGCUCGUACCGACAUCAAAUCCGUUGUGGACAGUUUGGACUACAUGCUGCGUAACAAGGUGAACGUAAACAUCUACAUGUUCUACGGGGGGACCAACUACGGGUACACGGCUGGUGCGAAUGCCAUCGGUACGGGAAAGUAUGCGGCGGAUGUUACUUCCUACGACUACGAUGCUCCAUUGUCCGAGUGUGGCGAACCAACGGAUAAGUAUUUCGCAAUUCGUGAUACAAUUCUGAAGUAUUUCCCAACGCCGAACGUGUCCACUCCUACCAAAGCAAUCAAAAUGAAACUUCCAUCGAUCAAUCUGAUGCGACUAGGCAGUCUAUUGGAUCCUCCGGUGUUGCAGCAUCUCUCUCAGCAGAUAGUCACCAACAAGGCACCGAUGACAUUAGAGGCAUUGAAUCAAGUUUCUGGCCUGGUGCUCUACGAAACGCUCCUCCCCGAGGACAUCAAAACGGAUCCCUACAAGCUGACGGUAGAGGAAGUGCACGAUCGUGGCUAUGUGUUUGUGGACAAAAAGUUUAUCGGUGUUCUAUCGCGCGAGAACCUGAUCAAUACACUCCCGAUCGGGCUGGACGUGGGGCGUACCUUGCAGAUUGUGGUGGAGAACCAGGGUCGCAUCAACUUCGGCAUUUCGAACGACUUCAAAGGAAUUGUAGGAACGGUUUACAUUAACACCAGGGAACUGGUCAACUGGACCAUGUACGCCAUGCCGCUGGAAAACUUCCCUCCGAUCAAGCAACUCAUCAUGGAACGUCAGAAAGUUGCUUCGAUGAAAAAGGUCACCGAUGUUGGGAAAGGCGUGACCCCCAUGUCGCUCUUCUACGCCACGUUUGAUAUAGGAACUUCGACGCUCUACGACACGUACCUCGACCCGUCCGGCUGGGGAAAGGGUUUCAUUUUUAUCAACGGUAUCAACAUUGGACGCUACUGGCCCUCGGUGGGACCGCAGGUGACGCUCUACGUAUCGAAACAUAUUUUAAAGCAGAAAAAUAAUUAUCUUGCGCUCAUCGAGUACCAGAAAGACUGUGAAACGAUUCCGCAGAUAAAGUUCUCCUUAGCACCCCUAUUUAACUGA